AUGCAUCACGCAGCCCUCAUGAACAUCGUCGUGGCCGCCCUUGGCUUCGGGGCCACCCAUGUCGCCGCCACCCCAGCCGGACACCGAUCCAAUGCCGGUGGCCUCGAGGCCCGCGGCGUGAAGUGCCUGGCCUGCAAAGCAGGCGCAGGAUUCGCUAUCAAGGGAGUGUACGACCAUUUCAAGGGCGAGCGCGGCAAGCGUGGUAUCGGGGAGUUUGCAGGGGACACAGUGGAGUUUGCCGCGAUCGAAAAGCUGGGGUCCGAGGUCUGCCAUUUGAGCGUCCCCAGCGAGACGCUUGAGGAAAAACUCAAGACAGUGUUCGACGCCCAUCUCGGAGGCGCCCCCUGCGUGUCGGACACCAAGCGGUCCGAGCCCAUCGAGAGCGACAGUGCAGUACAGCCCACCAGCACCGCCUCGGGCGCCCCUGCCGCCACCAGCUCUGGCGCGGCGGCGGGAGCGCAGGCAAGCACGUCAACCACUUUCUACCAGCAGUUAUUCACGCAAAUUUUCUCGAACGGACAAGUGACGACGGAAGUGCAGCAGUUGGUGACCCAGUACAUGGGUUCUUCCUGA